AUGACUAAAGCUACUAAUACAUUAACAGUUUUUUCUAUUUUAUCUGUUCUUUAUCUAAUUUUUUAUCUUGGUUUUGUUCCUUUGUCUGAGAAGGUUCAAAAUGAAAUCAUUCCAGUUAUCCCAUGGUGGGCUUUAGUUUGUUUUGGUUGCCACUGCCUUGGUAAUAUUGGUUAUGCUUUAUUUACCUUCCGCGAUUGUCCUGAAGCUUAUCAUGAACUCAUGACCGAAAUUUCACAAGCUAAAGCAGAUUUAAGAGCAAAAGGAAUGCAAAUUAAUUAA